GGAGAACGUUUGCGGAAGGAGCUGGUGCGGGGUUGGGGGAAUGAAGUUACUGCGCUUACUUUCUCGGGGUUGGUGUGCUCAGUAGGGGUGGAGGCGGACAAGGAGCAGCAAAGCACUUUAGUGGUUGUAAAAUAACAAGGAACAAGAGAAAGCGACUCGCUUUCUUUUCUCCCUCGUUUUUCGGUGGAGCUAAGCGCGUUGUAAGAAGCAGGGAGGAGAGAAGAAUGCUGGACUGGUUUUUCCCUUCCACCGGCAGGGGCGGAAAUCGCAGCUGAAGCCGGCCAAACUCUGUAUCCCUGUAUAAUCACAGAGCUCAGGCUUCUAACCCCAACCCGGCUGUACAUUUAUCUGCGAUCAGGAGUUCCCCUUCCCCCGAUUGGGAGUUCAACCAGUUUGAGCUACAGGAAAGGGUUUCUCUGUGUGCGCGCCUUCUGGUCUCUUUUAAAAAAAAAAAAAGCCUUCUCACCUUGCCACCGCCAGCUGUACAUAUAAUUGCCUUUUUUUUUUUUUUUUGGAAAAGCUGGUCAAACUCACAUCCCGAUCCCCGGCUGCCCUCUGGUACCCAGUGCUCCGCUGGGAAGGGAUGGUUUGUCCUGCUCAUUCUGUCCCCGCAACACCCGUGUCUUUCUCCUGAGCAAGUAGCAUGAGCAUGGCAAACGAAACAUACCUCUGCAUAAAAGAUAUAAAGCCCGGACUGAAAAAUGUAAAUGUCGUCUUUAUUGUACUGGAGAUAGGGCGUGUUACCAAAACCAAAGAUGGACAUGAGGUCAGGGCGUGCAAAGUAGCUGACAAGACAGGAAGUAUCACCAUCUCUGUGUGGGAUGAGCUUGGAAGCCUCAUCCAGCCAGGUGAUAUUAUUCGGUUGAUCAAAGGGUAUGCCUCUCUGUGGAAAGGAUGCCUUACACUUUAUACCGGAAGGGGAGGUGACCUGCAAAAAAUUGGGGAGUUCUGCAUGGUGUAUUCAGAGGUGCCCAACUUCAGUGAACCCAAUUCAGAUCACCCUGGGCAGCCGAAUAAAGUGGCACAGGGUGAGCAGGCUAACAAUUCCAUUCUGUCAGCUAAUUCGGGUACUUGUACUUUUGGGCCAACUGGAAAUGGUUUGACAACUGGACCGGAGUUGAGUGGAUUGUCCACUGCUUACAAUCAUGCCCCCACCUAUGCAGGUUCUGGGAGGUCUGGCGGACGUGGCCCCGCUCCUCUUGCGUCUGUGCUGUCUAACAAUGCUCGUCCCUUACAAAGCACAAUUAGUAAUGGGAGGGACCCCCGCAGAGCCUCCAAAAGAUGACCAAACCAAACGCCACCCUGUCCACACCGUUAGCCUACUUGAACACUUGCUGCACUUUUAUUUAUGGUUUACUGUGAAAACGUUUGUUCUUUCUGAUUCUCGGCCCAGAGGGAGAGACUUUCUCACUUCUAUGCCUCCCCCCCCGUCUCCUCCCCCCGGCCCCGAUUCAAAAUUAAGUGAAGCUACCGAUCAUGCGUCGUCACCCCAGAAAGAAAACGUGUGGAAAAUAUAGAAGCCUAUUUGAAAAGAGAUUUCCUUGUUAACUAUUAGUUGCCGUUUUCCAAAAGGUGGCUCAGUAUUUGCCUGGAUAAGUAUUUUUAUUUUGGUUUAAGUUUGUGUGAUGCAGCCUUAAGAUGUUUGCUUUAUUUCCUUUCUGCUCUUGGGACUGACACACAUCCCAGUUUGUGGGAGUUUGUGAUAAUUGUGGGUGGGAUAGGAAGGGGUAGGAAGAAGUUCCAUCUAACAAGCCAGUUCUUAAUUAAAAUUUCUAACAAUAAGUGCAGAUGAACUGUCCAAGCUGGUUGACUUGUAUUUGGUUGGGGUUGAUCUCAUGGCAAGAGUCAGAUGUGUCUUGUCAAAAAAGUGUACACUGAUAAGAAUCCAACUUUUACACAGAAUAGAAAUCCCAGAUUUUUACCAGAUAGCCUGCCUUUCUCAAAAUGCCACAGAACUUUAAAUCUCUCAAACAUACAUCUGUUUUUUUUAAUUACCCUUCUCGGAGAUUUGAAGUUUUUUUCAUACUCGAAGUAGGUUAUUUUGUCGUUUUGAGGUUUUUGUUGGUGUCCAAAUUCCCAGCUGGUAUGGAAUCUCCUGGAAAAACCUUUGCCAGUUGAUUCUGCAGAUCGAUUUCAACUGGCAAGGAGUGGUUUCAAGAUGGUUUAUGCGCAAGGAAAAGAGGAAAGAUUUCCUGUACACAGCCAAAGAGCGGCCCAGACAUGGAAAUUUUCCAUUUGCACUGUUUUCCCCUCCUGGAGCAUGAGAAUAUUGAAUCUCAGACUUGCAAAUUAUGCAGGGCUGUUCUCAAGGGGUAAAUAAUUAAAGCAGUUGUGGCGCUCCACCCUUUUUAUAGGUGAAAUGUGAGGUAUGCAGCAUAUAAUGAAAGGGUGAGGGGUGUCACAGUAGCAUGGCGCUGCUUGCAUUCUUUUUACAAAAGGAUCCUUCUGGAAACCUCUGAAGCCAUGAGCCUCCUAAGAUUAUUAGCAGUAUAAAUCUCCCCCUGACAACUGAAGGUGAUAUGCUACAAAAGAAAAGAGGGGAAGUGAUCAAUGAUAACAUUCCCUUUUUGUGAGAACCCUCAAUUCUCAAGUGCCUGUUAAAUCAAUGUUUUUGCAGUUCUUAAAUGGUAGAGGUGGGAUUUUUUUUUGGGGGGGGGAAGUAUCUUGACUGACCUAUUCAAGUUUUCAGGUUGGUGAGUUUGAGAAAGCAGAAUAACACUGGCAUUAAUACUAACUUUUAUGGUUGGAAAAAAACACGCUUUGUAAUUAUUCCUGGUAGCUAUAAAACUAUCCAGUCUUUAAGAUUAUGAUUUGGAGUAUAUCGAAAUGCUAUAAAAUGACUGGAUUAUCCCAUCUUAACCUUUUGGAUGAAGUUUCAUAAUUAGAUUUGCACUAACUGUAUUUUAAGAAAAAAAUAAAUCUUGAGGUUUUUUUUUUUAACGUGUUUAAAAAAAACAGUUUGAAGCAAUGACUCCUGUUUGUCCAGAUUUACGUGGACAUAAAUAUAAUUCCUAAAUAUAAAGGAUGUAGGUCUAUACUAAUCUUUAUAACAAAUUUUGGAAGCAUUUUCCCACUGUCCUUUUUCUAAAACGGUGUGUCCUGUUAAAUUACAUUAGUAGAUGUUUAUUGAAAACUUCAGUAGUAUAUGAACCUGAUUGGAAGGGAACGUGAUCUGUUUGAAACGCCCUAGCGUACAUACUAUUUUAUGUAAUUUUGGAUCUUGCAUCUUGAAAUGGGAAUGCCCAUGACACAAUGUCUUAAGAAACUGAAUGUUUCCUGAAUAAAAUCUAGUACCUG